ACAAAUCACAAAUGUUCAAGGAGAAGCUUGAAUGUUCAAUUUGCCUAUCAGAAUUUGCAGAAAAUGAAAACAAAUGCACAUCCUUCAACAAAUGCACAACUCUCAACAAAUGUGCAACUUUCAACAAAUGCACAACCUUCAACAAAUGCACAACCUUCAAAUGCAAUAAAUUCAGAAAAUGUGGAAGAAGGUAUUGGAGGAAAUAAUUCAUCAGUAGAAGAAUUACCCAGUUCGUCGAAUGCUGGAUCGAACAAUACCAGUGCUGUUAAUGGGCAUUCCAUGACAAGCCAAGGAAGAUCUGGAUACUCAAAUCCAGUAAGAAUAUCUUUUUGGGUGAGCCAGAAUGGAAUGGAUCAAGGAACAUCAGGUGAAAGAACAAUGCCACAAAUUGUUAUUCAUAUACCAACUGGUGCUUAGGCUAGAAACAACAGAUCUAUUGUUGAAGAAUGGAUAUAUUUUCGAAAUGUAAGUAGUUUUAUCAGAAAGCUUCAGAUCAUCCAAUCUGUUAUCUAUUUUCCUUAUCUAGAUUUCACAUAAACUCUCUUGGAUUCUUAUUCCUCGUAUUAGAGACGGAUCUGGUGCAGAUAGUUUGUUUUAUGUUUGGCUAUUUCAUGCUUUUGUCGCUGUUAAAAUGAAAUGCUAUUUUGUAUGAUUGGAGGCAAACUGGAAAUAAUAUUUCUGAAUAUAUAUGUUGUUUGUGAUUUGA